AUGACCGGCCAGACCACCGAGGGCAAGCGCACCUUCUCCGGAGUGAAUCUCAACCCCAACGCCAAAGUGAACAACUCGGCCGGCCAGAAGAUCAAGAACUUCUUCCGCAUCAAUUCCAAGAAUGACGUAUCGUCCGCGAACUCGGAGAAUGGCUCGCAGCAUGACGGUCAGAGCGAAGGCACCCGCACACCACAACCCCAGCACAAUAAGAGCAGUCUGCGGAACAGCCGCUUCAUACCACACCUGGGCCGGACGAGAAGCACAACGGUAGCUUCCGAGGGCAAUCAGCUAGAUGAGGGGAUGAGCCCGACUGCGCAUGCGAACCCCUACUUUCAACAUCAAGGUCCUCCCGCAUUACGACAUCAUAAUGAUGGCAGCGUGCCGCCUUCACCACCAGAUACACCUCACACACCCAAGACUGCCGCUGCCGAAGCCGGAGCCAAGGAUGCCGCUGCAGUAUCAGGGAAGGAAGAGCUGGCGAGGAAGUUGCGAAGGGUGGCCAGUGCGCCCAAUGCGCAGGGUCUAUUCAGUAAGAAGAAGAGUGCGAGUGGGGACAGCAGACCCCAGACGGCGGAGCAUGAAGCACCACCUAGACUCAACGGCGUGACACAACAUGGGAAUGCGAGUGCGAGUGCGUUGAGUAUGGUGGAUACUGUGUCUGCGGAUAAUGAUCUCCUGCCGGUCCCUGGGAUUAAUGGUGUGAUUACACCGGGCAAGCUCCGGAAUAGUAUCGCUUUCAGAAGGACGUACAGCAGUAAUAGCAUCAAAGUCCGGAACGUGGAGGUGGGGCCGGGGAGUUUCGACAAGAUCAAGUUGAUUGGGAAGGGGGAUGUGGGGAAGGUGUAUUUGGUGCGGGAGAAGAAGAGUACGAGGUUAUAUGCUAUGAAGGUGCUGUCGAAGAAGGAGAUGAUCAAGCGCAACAAGAUCAAGCGAGCACUUGCGGAACAGGAAAUUCUGGCGACGUCGAAUCACCCGUUUAUCGUCACGCUUUACCAUAGUUUCCAGUCCGAGGAUCAUCUUUACCUCUGCAUGGAAUACUGCUCCGGAGGCGAGUUCUUCCGAGCUCUGCAGACGAGACCGAAUAAGUGCGUGGAUGAGGAUGCGGCGAGAUUCUACGCCGCAGAAGUGACGGCCGCGUUGGAGUAUCUGCAUCUGAUGGGUUUCAUCUACCGUGAUCUGAAGCCCGAAAACAUCCUCCUCCACCAAUCCGGCCACAUCAUGCUCUCCGACUUCGACCUCUCCAAACAAUCCGACCCCGGCGGCCUCCCCGCCAUCAUCCUCGCCUCCAACCGCUCCGCCUCGGGCAUCUCCUCCAACCCCACUUCCGCCAAUAUGCCCACCAUCGACACCAAAUCCUGCAUCGCCAAUUUCCGCACCAAUUCCUUCGUCGGGACGGAGGAGUAUAUCGCCCCUGAGGUGAUUAAGGGGUGUGGGCAUACGAGUGCCGUGGAUUGGUGGACGUUGGGGAUUCUGAUUUAUGAGAUGUUGUUUGGGACUACGCCGUUCAAGGGCAAGAAUCGGAAUGCGACGUUUGCGAAUAUUCUGAGGGAUGAGGUGCCCUUUCCUGAGGGGAGUGGGGGGCCGAAUAUUUCGAAUCUCUGCAAAUCCCUCAUCCGCAAACUCCUCAUCAAGGACGAACUCCGCCGGCUCGGGUCCCGCGCGGGGGCCUCGGACGUGAAAACCCAUCCGUUUUUCCGCUCGACUUCUUGGGCGCUACUUCGCCACUCGAAACCGCCCAUCAUCCCCAAUCAGGGCCGAGGCAUCGAUACGGUUAAUUUCCGUAAUGUCAAGGAGUCGCAUUCGGUGGAUCUGGGGGAUGGUGGGCGUGGGAGUGGGGGUGGGGUGAAUGGGGCUGGUGGGGGAAAGAAUAAGGGGUUUGCGGUCCCGGCGGCCAAGAUGAAGGGGGUUCCGCUUGAUUCGGGGCUGGCGACGCCGGGCGGGGAGAUUGCCGAUCCGUUUGAGGAGUUUAAUAGUGUUACUUUGCAUCAUGAGGGGGAUGAGGGGCAUUAUAAGACGAAUGGGCGUUAG